GUAAGCUGUAUCUAUGGUCAGUUACACGUAAAUUUAUCGUCACAAGAGUAGAUUAUUUGUGUUAUGCGUUAUAUCGCGGAUUAUAGUAUUCGAAGCAUGGUUGCUCGAAAAAGCUACUCUCGAUUACGAAUGAAAUUCAUUAAAAAAAUAUUAGCUUGUUAUUGGUUAUGAAGAGUGUAAUAUUUUUAUUUUGUCUUUCGUUCGUUUCUUUGUGGAAUGGUCAGCCUUAUUAGAAAUUCAAACACCUCGGGUAGUUGCAUUUACUAGGGAGCUGUGUUUUUUGAUGUGUCUAACAAUAUGGAUGAUGAGGAAUAUCUCCAGCCUAUGUUGAUCUCUCAAGAAGAAGAACCUUUUCGAAAGCUGGAUACUGUACCAAUCAUAUCUAUUCCUCUCAUAUUUGGUGUAUCUUUAGAAAUUAUAGGAAUUGUGUUUGUGUCCGUAUGGCCGGAAGAGAAAAAUAAAUGUGACACUUAUUUUAUAUACUUAUAUCUUCAUUGUGCUUAUUGGUUGAUAAUUAUGUUAACUGAUCAUUUUGUGAAAAUGAAGCAUCAUAUGUUGCGUGUUCAUGGGUAUCUUGUUUUUUAUCAGUCAACAUAUCAACAAAUUCGGGCACCCCUGUUUGCAGCAUCAUUAUGGAUUAUGUGUUAUUUAUUAUUGGCUGUGAUUUUGCACCAUACCCAUAAAGUUAAUUACGAACAGUACUGUCGUGCAUCAGAGUGGUUUACUCCACUGAAUUAUAUAGUACUUUUAACAACAUUAGAACUUAUGAUUAUCGUGCCAGUUUAUGUAAAUUAUAUUAGAAAAGUAUUAAGGUUCAAUCGAACACGUCCACCUCCUGAUGUUACUCGAGAAGAAUGGUUGUCUUCUUUCACUCAAGACACGUAUGCAGGUAAUGGAGAAUCACAUCAUGACAAUAGAGGAACAAACUUGGAAGAGUUACUUGAAAAACAAGCAGAUUUAAUAAGAUACUUAAGAGAUCACAAUGUUAAAUUAAGUCAUAGACUGAUGUCACUGGCAACUCAACGCAGACUACCAGAUGCAUAAAUUCGUUACGAUCUAUGUGAAUUAUAAGCCUUUAAAUUAAUCGUGUGCAUACAAAAACAAGCAAAGUGAUUUUUUCUAACUAUAUUUACCUGCAUUAAUAUUCCGAUAUUUAACAAAUAUGGAGAUUUUAGAUAAUAUACAAAAACUCAUGUAUAUGAAUUUUAGAUUGUAAGAAAAAAAUGUACCUUUAAUUUAUGUUAU